AUGGAGACCGUCAAGAUCAGCCGCGACUUCAAGCGCUUCGACCACAUACCACUACACAGGAGCUCUAUUCAUGAUUACCACUAUGAUCCCAAUGACUUCGAAAUGCCCAGCUGGCUUUUGGUCCCUCACGUCAUGAAAGACGCGAUUGCUCAGCUCCAUGAACGCGCACAGAUUACCAUCACAUCCAUGAAGCAGCUCUCGCACCUUCGUUCUAGCCGUUACGACAACAUGUGCUCCCCCUCACUCGGUGUGCUCUACCAACUACACCGAUGGUCCAUCAAGCGUAUCUUCGACUGGGAAGCGCAAUGGGACCCAAAAGAUCCCACCCUUGUACCCUCUGCCAAAAUUCCUCGUGAAGUACUCAGGUUCACUCUCGAUCCCCAGCAUUACGCCAAAUUUUACAAAACCUACGCCCUUUGGAUCCAGAACUUCAUGAUCGGCCCCAUCAGAGCCUGGAAAAAAAUGAAGCCUCUGGUGAUUACCCGGGCUUUGCAAGUUCUGACCGAGCAUCAGUACGGGGAGUGGCGCUACUGGUGGGACAACACUUACAUGCCUGCGAUGUGGAAGUGGGAGACAUGUCUGGAAGAUCUGCUUCUUCCUUCUUGGGAGGAUAUCGUUGAUGAAGUCUACGCGAUGAUUCUUGAACGUGUCGAGGAUGCUGAAGAACUCGCCAACUCUCUUUGCGCUACUUGCUCUCCACCGGUGACUCCACGGGAACAGGAGAAGGAUCAUGAUAACUACUUCAUUUUCACCUGA